AUCUCAGCCCCGCCCCCUACGCUGUCCCCGGAAACGCUUCCUUCCUACGUAUCCGCUGCUGCCUCGGCCGCCGCUGGAGCUUUGCCUCUCUAGGCCUGUAGGGACUCUUCUCCAUGGUUCUGCCUGUCAGCACUGCUUCGGGGGCCAGCCGGUGAGACUGGGCCGCACUCGGACGCUUUGAUUCUCGAGUCCGACACUGGUGCCGGGGCUGCCCGGGGCCCAUGGCGCGGCGGCGGCGGCGCUGACCCAGGCCCGGGCGGCAGCCGUGUCCCGCGCGCCGGCAUGGCGGGCCAGUUCCGCAGCUACGUGUGGGACCCGUUGCUGAUCCUGUCACAGAUCGUCCUCAUGCAGACUGUCUAUUACGGCUCGCUAGGCCUGUGGCUGGCGCUGGUGGACGGGCUGAUGCGCAGCAGCCCCUCGCUGGACCAGAUGUUCGACUCCGAGAUCCUGGGCUUUUCCACCCCUCCAGGCCGGCUCUCCACCAUGUCCUUCGUCCUCAACGCCCCCACCUGUGCCCUGGGCUUGCUGUACUUCAUCCGGCGAGGGAAGCAGUGUCUGGAUUUCACUGUCACUGUCCAUUUCUUUCACCUCCUGGGCUGCUGGUUCUACAGCUCCCGUUUCCCCUCGGCGCUGACCUGGUGGCUGGUCCAGGCCGUGUGCAUUGCGCUCAUGGCCGUCAUCGGGGAGUACCUGUGCAUGCGGUCGGAGCUCAAGGAGAUCCCCCUCAACUCGGCCCCUAAGUCCAAUGUCUAGAGUUGGGUCCUUUGGACACCCCGUUGGGCACUUGACACCCCCGCCCCCAACACCUGGGGCUGCUCAGACCGUCCAGAUGAGGUCCAGCCCAGGCCUGAGAGGAACCCUGGAAAUGUGAAGUCUCUGUUGGUGUGGGAGAACGAGGCCCCAUCAAGAAGGCAGGCAGCAGGCAGGGUCACAGUGCAAGAAUGGCCGCCGUCUACUGAAGCCCUGGUAUCUGGGAGGUCGGCGUGGGGACCUCUUUCAGGGCAAUGACAGAAUCGGAACCAUGUCACUCUUGAGCCACCAUACCUGUCACCAGCCUGUUAUUUUAAAAAGGAAAACAAAACAAAACAAAUCAAGGAUACCUGAUCGGAAUGAACCACUCUUCUCAUCAUCUGACGUACCUCCCUGGGACAGCUGUUACCUUUGCCAUGUUGCCGAACUGCAGCUAUUCUGUUUGGAGAAGCGCUUGGUUUCUGGAUCCAGAGCCCCAGAAAGAGAUGUAGGCGCAAAGUAGCAGGCUGCUGUCAGGGAUGGGGCGGCAGGAGGAGGCAUCAAGCACAAGGAAAACGCACAACCCAUGUCCUGCUGUAUGCACGUGCGUGCGCGAGCGCAGCCAAAAACCCGUGACUCACUUUCUUCCAGUUCUGUCUACUGGGUCCCCACCCUGCUGCAGCUUUUGACAUAGCAGGCCACAGGACCCAGAGCAGAAGCCCAGCAUCGCUCCCUGUCUAGCCCUUGUGCUAGAGUCACUGCCCGUUCCCUAGGAAUGACCAGGCACCGCAGCCCCCGCUGGCCAUCAGUUCUGGCAGUGGUUCCCUUUUCCUGCCUUAUUUGGAAGUCUGCAGUGGGUAGGGUACAGUGGGUGCCCAGACACAGGAAGCCCAGCCUUCCAGCCGGAGGUGCCCUGAUAGUGCCGAGGAGAUAGGAAUUUGCUACUAAGAUUUUUCUUUGGGGUGGAGUGUUCUCUGUGAGGGGCUUGCAGCUGCCCUUCCUGUGUACAUAAAUACAGUAUUUUCCACGGUUCUGCCUGUACUUACUUUGUAAUGCCACGGUUAGGACUGGGAGAGAGCAGACAAAGGCCAAAAAAAAAAGGAGUUCCUGCUGUAGCGCAACGGGACUUCGUGUCUUGGGAGCACUGGGACGUAAGUUCAGUCUCUGGCCUGGCGUAGUGGGUUAAGCGUUGCUGCAGCUAUGGCUUAGGUUGCAGCCAUGGCUUGGAUCUGAUUCCUGGCCCAGGAACUCCAUAUGCCUCGGGGUGGCCAAAAAAAAAAAGAAAGAAAGAAUUGGAGUUCCCGUUGUGGCGCAGCAGAAACGAAUCCAACUAGGAACCAUGAGGUUGCGGGUUCCAUCCCUGGCCUCACUCAGUGGCUUAAGGAUCCGGCGUUGCUGUGAGCUGCGGUGUAGACCGGCAACUGUAGCUCUGCUUAGACCCCUAGCCUGGGAACCUCCAUAUGCCGUGGGUGUGGCCUUAAAAAGACAAAAGACAAAAAAAAAAAAAAAGAAAAGAAAAAAAUUAUUGGGCUUAACUUCUUUUUUCCUGAACCUGCGUAUUCCUCCAAUUGGUUGAAACACUAAGCGCAGGGAUCUCCUCCCCUGUCCUGCUCCCCACCUGCAGCCUUGUCCGCUCUGCCUUGGCUGAACCGCCAAGACUCUCAAGAUUCCUUUCCCACUGGCCAGUGACAUCUCUGCACAUGCCCAGUGGAACACACUGGUUUAGACUCACUUCUGCAUGGAAACCAUUGCUGUUCUCCUCUGGGUCCUCCAGAGCCUGACCACCUUUCAAGUGUUAGGGCUACAAGAUAAGGGAUUUGGCCUUCUCCCUAAGAAGCCUUUCUGGCCUCUUGGCUCCCAGCCCUGCAGCAUAGGGAGUUGAGGCAGACAGGAUGAAGGUUUCAGAGCCUGGACAGAUGCUGGGAAAAUGUUCGGGGGAGGCACCUCAGCAACUCAGGCCAAGCUGGGAGGAAGUAGAUUGUUAAAGGGCCUCUAAUCCUGGCUACAGGGCUCAGGAGGUGAGACCCCUGAGGUUCCCUCCCCUGGGUUGGUGGGUCUCCCCCCAGAGCCACCACAAACCCUGUGAUUAAUUCAUUUUGAGAAAAGCAUCAGAGCACUCAUGUCAUGUGGCCGCAGCCUCCCUUGGCCAGCUGUGGUGGUGACUGAUCCAGCUGUGUUGGCACACCUCUUGGGGAGUUUCCCACAAGGGCUUGUGCCAUCCUUCUGUGUAUCUUCCGUGAUGACAGAUCUUGGCUCCUUGAGUGUCAGUCGGAUUUUUGGAAACUGCUCAAGGGUAGGGGAGCCAAAAAAAAUUUUUUUUUUUUUAAUAAUGUAGUGAUUAAGCUGGAUGACAGUUGGGGGUCAAAAAUGUGUGACUGAGGAGUUCCUACUCUGGUGCAGUGGGUUAAGAAUCCAGCUGCAAGGGCUCAGGUCGCUGCAGAGGUGUGGGUUCAGUCUCUGGCCUGGAGACAUCCACAUGCCAUGGGAGUGACCAAAAAAAAAAAAAAAAGUGCAAUUUCUCUGAAUUCUAAAGUAAUAAAGCAGGGUCUAGAGGCAAGUUCCAGACAGGCCUGGGCAGUGGAAGUAACAAGUAACAUCCAUUGAGUGCUGCAUAAAUAGAUGCCCAGCAGUAGACUGACUGAGUGCUUCACCUCCCCUUGCUCAAUCUUCACAACAAGACUCUGAAGUAGGAAAUCCCAUCAUCUGUAUCUUACUGAUGAAGAAACUGUAAGGAACUCGCCCAAGGUUACAUAUUAGGAGCUGGCCGAGCUGGGAUUUGGGUUCUUGUAGUGACAUUAAUAAACUCUUUGUGAAGACAUGAA